AUAGAAUUUCAUAUACUAUUGCAACUGUUUUCUUCAACUCUUUUGACACAAACGAAAAGACACAAUGUACUAGUUGUUCUGGAUUAAAAUGAUUAAAUUAAUUAAUAAGUUGAAAAUUUUCAGCAAUUCUCACAGAAAGCAGAUGGUAGCAAAAGGGUUAAUACAGUUCUUGUCAGCUUCUUGUAAAGCUUCUUGAAAUAAUAGUCGAUCGCAGAACCGUAGGAAUAAUAAUCGUGUUGGAGCGCGCGUACGUGGUGGGGUGUCGCGGUGUCAUUUGAAAGAUAACAACGAUGAUGACGCAGGCCACGAGGACGACGCGACGGGGCUUGCUUUCCAUUUGGAUUCUGUGAUUACUUUUCCUGCACGGCAGUCCUUUCCCGGUCGUCGUCGUCGUCGUCGUCGUCGUCGUCGUAUCUCUUCGGUGCGGUGCUGAUGCAAAUAAAUUUUCUGUUCCUUCAUCGAUACAACGUUUAUCACACCGAGAUCGGGCCACAUAUCUUCUCCUUUUUUUACCACUCUCUCCUUCAACCCUAUCAGCAUUUACUUUUCACUUUCAGUUAGGAGCUAAAACAAACGUAUUUAUAAAUAAACGGUUGUGAUACCAAAAUCAUCAGUAGUGAAUCAAAAUAGUUAGUUAACCGAGAAAUUAUUAAUUAAACACGAUGAAAUACACGUUGACGAGGAUCAUACUGUUGGCGUGUAUAUGCGCAUCGAUCCAUGGGAACGUACGAGAUCCAGAGACGUUGAGGGAAGCGUUACCAGGCUAUGCGAUCACCGCCAACAUCGAUCAAUUGAAUUCAACCAGAUGUCGAACGGAAGUAAAGGAAUUUCGUGACUCGGUGGAUCGUGGCGUACUGUGGAGUCUGAGAAUGUUAGACGCUAGCGGAGAGCCAACCUCUGGUUUCGUCUCGGGGAACAAUUAUUGGAUGGGAAGUAGACAGCAGUGCGAGUUCCUUAGCCAGAAACGACCGUUGCCCUUGUCAGAGAAGAGGAUUCGGAACAAUUCCAUUUAUCGUAACCCCGUUGAAGAGUUUCCACCGUUUCAGCUCAACUUCUUUAGCGCUCAUCUCAGUCAAAAUGGCACUGUGCAGUAUCACAUCUCGGUACCCAUGGAAGAGGUGAUAGUGUUGGGACUUUGCCUACCAGCGUCUUGUAGCGAACACGAAGUGGCUACAAUGCUGACCAAGGUGUUCGACGAUAGACUUCUUUUAAUUGGACAACUCUAUUCGACAGACUUUAAGUUGAUCAGAGUGUCGAAUCUGAAAAAUGACUAUAAAUGGCUUCUCAGUGGAAAGAUAAUUACAAUCUUCUUUAUUUUGACUGCAUUAUUUGGUAUAGUGAUAAUCGGCACGUUAUACGAUAGCCUUGUAUACCAGAAAUGUUUACGGAAGAAGAAAGAAUCUGUUGCUUACGAGAACAACAAUACCUCUGAAUUGAAAAACGAUAUGGAAGAGAAACGGGAACACGAUCAGGAGGAUGAUAUACCGUCCGAAAUAAAACCAGACAAUCGGAUCGUGCAAAUCCUUAUAAGUUUCUCAGCCUAUUCGAACAUUAAACAGAUAUUUAGAAUAGAUAAUGGUGUAGAAGAUAUAGCAGUAUUUCAUGGAUUCAAGUUUUUUGGAAUGAUAUGGAUUAUUAUGGCGCAUACGAUUUUUUAUACGUUGCAUAUUAUAGGUAACAAAGCGGAAGGCUAUAUGAUGAGCAUUAAUGUGGAGAAUCAAAUCUUGUCAAACGCCACUUUAUCUGUCGAUACCUUUCUUUUCAUUAGCGGUUUUUUACUGACAUUCGCCUAUCUAAGGAUGCAAGUAAAAAAAGAGAAAAAAGUCGUAUCGUUGCGCAGAAAUGCGACGAAUUUUAUCAGCGCAAUCGUGAAAAGAUACAUCAGGCUUACACCUGCAUAUCUGACUACGAUAUUGCUUGCGAUUGUUAACUUCUCCUGGCACGAACAGUUUACGUUGUGGUACUUGAACGAGCCGAUGCCCCAACUAUGCUCGAAAUACUGGUGGAGAAAUAUACUCUACAUUAAUAAUUUCUUCGAAUGGGAAGAUUUAUGCCUCUCCUGGAGUUGGUACCUCUCCAAUGAUAUGCAAUUUUAUAUCUAUGGCAUUUUUGUAUUGAUAUUAUCGACUAGUUACUACUAUGCUGCUCUCGGUAUAAGCCUGGCUACGUUACUUUUCUCCACGUUCAUGCGCGCAUAUGUAACAUACGCUACUGGAUACAUUCCUACGCUGGACGCACAACUUGACACGAUGACUUACAUGUAUAUACGACCAUGGAUGAGAAUUCAACCGUACAUAGUUGGGAUGGGCACGGCUCUGCUUCUUAGAAAAUUCAACUAUCAAUUGAAUCUAUCCAAAAAAGCAUUAGCUGCCUGCUGGUGCUUCAGUAUUUCGUGUAACUGCACGAUUCUGUUUACCGUCGUGGAUGGAAACAUCUCGCUUGGUUUAUCAAUGCUUUAUCAGAUGUUUAGCAGACUAGGUUGGAGCGUUGGAAUAGGGUGGCUCGUGAUCGCCUGUGUAACGAACAAUGCCGGUAUCGUAGGUAAAUUUUUGUCGUUAAGGUAUUGGAUUCCCUUCAGUAGAGUAACGUACUGCGCUUAUCUAAUAAAUCCAUUUUUAAUACUGUCGAUUAGUAUGUUUAGCAAUUAUUCAUACAACAUUGAUUUCUUAACCACUGGUGUUAUAGCCCUCGGAAUAUCGAUAAUAACUUUCGUUUGUGCUUUCGCAUUGUCGAUAAUGGCUGAAGUACCGGCGAUAUUAUUUUUACGAUCAAUCAGUACUUCCAGCAGGAGAAUUAAAUGAAUUUAAUGAUUGCACAUUUUUGUAUAACUUAAUACGUAAAAAGAGAAACAACCUUGUGAAGAUAUUUUUUUUUUUUUUUUAACAAUGCAACUAGCGUUUUGUACAUAGCGAUGUAAAUUUAAUUGUAAAUGGCAUGUUAAUCCGAAAGAAAAAAUAGAAAUUCACAUAUAAAUAACUACAGAUUAUUAAAAGAUGGGAAAGAAUCGUUAUCCGCGUGCAAUGAAUAAACCUGGAAGUAUGUAUAAUGCACAUAUUCUAGGUGAUGGUUCCUUUAAAACUAGAAAUUAAUUAAUUAAUUGAUAAGAAUUAUUAAAGAAUUUGUUGAAAUCACAAACGCAAUACCGUUGCAUAUUGCGUAUUGCGUAUUGCGUAUUGGAUUCCACUUAUUUUGUCCAAUACGAAUUUUUUCUUUGAAAAUUAAGAUAUAAAUUAAAUUAAAUUAAUUUAAGAUUAAAAUCUGAUAUAAAGAUCAGAAGAAAAGUUGUUAAAUUUUUUCCCAUAUUCUGUAAAGGUAAUGAUUCUGUAAAUAAUGAUAGGAUGCGUCCGUCCAGUGCGACCCCGAUAUCUAACCUGUUAAAUGAAAAUGUG